GAUGCACAAGCUUUUUUUAUUAAGCACCUGUUUAUGUUCCAGACACAGCGUUAGGUGUUGGGGAAACAAAUGCAGAAAUGAAAGUCUCAACUUCCGGGAGCUCAAAACGUGAAAUUUUGGAAAGAGUACUGAGUCGAGAGUCUGUACGGGGAGAAUUCUUGUUUGUCUUUGGGUCUAGGUCUCUCACAAAAAACAAAGAAAAAAAACACACCUAUGCAUGGGGUAGGCACUUAAUAAAUAGUGUCCACAAAUCUUAGUGCCAUUUUAAACUGUAAUAGCUUAGUUUAGUGGCUUUAAUAGUUGCAAAAUUCUAGCGUGGAUUUAAAGCGGCACUAAGAUAACACCCUGUAUUUAUUGAUUUGGAGUACAUCUACCCUUACGUUCCCUAGCUGUGUGAUCCAGUGUACGAUUCAAGACGUUUUCCCUCAGUCUUCUCGUCUGUAAAAUGGGAAUAACGAUACUUGCACUUCCUACUUUACAGGCUUGGCUUAAAAAAAAACCCCCAAAACUUUAAGAAUUAUACUUUUUUUUUCAACCCGCAAAAAUCUGCCUUCGGAAUAAGAGUUCCUCUCCACCGCAUUGAGCACAAAACCUCUCACCCGAGGUUGCGGUAAAGAAAUAGGUGUUUCAGGUCUACGGGACCGUGGAGUGGGAGGGGGAUACGUGCGUGUGCGAAUGCCGAAGGUGGAUCCCUGGGGCCCCGAGCCGCUCCCCAGCCCCGCCCCUCGGCCGCAGAGAGGAACCCAAGUUGGACCCCCAAGGACGGGCUCUGUUUCCGCAGGGGAGGCAUUUGGGCGCAGGGGCAGCCCCGCACGAAGAUGGCUGACAGCCCUGGGCACGAGCGGAAGGGGAGUAAUUUCACUUCCGGGAGCAAGCUUCCGCGGGGCGGAAGGGGGUCGUUCGCGUGUGUCUCUGUCUUUUCCAGUCCGUAUUAGCUGCGGCUGCCCAUGAGCAAGCUGUGGAGACGCGGAGGCGCCUCCGGGGCCGCCGAGGGGUCUGAACCCGGGGAAGAGCUGGAACUGAGUGGCCACGGCCACGGUGGCCACAAGAAGAAGCAUAAGAAGCACAAGAAGAAACACAAGAAGAAGCAGCAUCAGGAGGAAGGGCCCGGCCCCCCCCUCCCCAGCACUGCUUCUGGUCCUGCCCAAGCUCCAGCCCAGCUUAAGCUCAGGAUCAAGCUGGGAGGCCAGGUCCUGGGCACCAAAAGCGUUCCCACCUUCACUGUGAUCCCUGAGGAGCCCCGGUCCCCUUCUCCCCUCAUGGUUGUGGACAAUGAAGAAGAGCCAAUGGAAGGAGUCCCCAUUGAGCAGUACCGAGCCUGGCUGGAUGAAGACAGUAACCUGUCCCCUUCCCCUCUUGGGGAGCUGGCUGGAGGCUUGGGAGGCCGAGAAGAUGAAGAAGAGCAGCGCUGGUUGGACGCCCUGGAGAAGGGCGAGCUGGACGACAACGGGGACCUGAAAAAAGAGAUCAACGAGCGACUGCUCACAGCCCGACAGAGAGCCCUGCUGCAGAAGGCCCGCAGCCAGCCCUCGCCCAUGCUCGCCCUACCAGCGGCCACAGGCACGCCGGCGCUCACGGAGGAGAUGCUGAUGAAGCGGGAAGAGCGGGCCCGGAAGAGGCGCCUGCAGGCCGCCCGCCGGGCCGAGGAGCACAAGAACCAGACGAUCGAGAGGCUCACCAAGACGGCAGCCCCCAGCAGCCGCGGCGGCCGGGGGGGCGUGCGUGGGGAGCGCCGCGGGGGCCGGCCGCCGGCCGCCACGCCCAUGGUCCGCUACAGCAGUGGGGUCCGCGGCGCCACCCUGUCCUUCCCCGUGGGCGUCCCCACGCCGGCCCCUGCCUCGCCGCCCCCUCCGCCUCCGGGCCCUCGACCCCGCUGCUCCGUUCCGGGCUGUCCCCACCCGCGGCGCUACGCCUGCUCGCGCACGGGCCAGCCGCUCUGCAGCCUGCAGUGCUACCGCAUCAACCUGCAGCUGCUGCUCGGCCUGCCCGAGGGCGCGGGGGCUGCCCCGCCGGGCCCCCUAGUGGCUACCUGAGGACUCCCGCCCUUCCCCCUCCCUCACCCCUGCUCCUCGGUGUCUCCGUCUUCCCCCGACAUCCGCUUCGGGCUCUCCUUUUCCCCACCUCC